AUGAUAUUAGAUUUAUGUUCAUCAUGGACCUCACAUUUGCCAGAAAAUAUUGUUGACCGUGUUCAUGGUCUCGGCAUGAACGAAUCUGAAUUAAUAUAUAAUCCAUCUCUCAACAAUGGUUACACCGUUCAAAAUUUAAAUUCAAAUCCAUCUCUCAAAAAAUUUCCUUCUAAUUCAUUUGAUUUGGUUCUUUGUUCUCUUUCUGUUGAUUAUCUUAUUUAUCCGUUAGAGGUAUUCAAUGAAAUUGGACGUAUAGUAAAACCAAGUGGCCAGUUUAUUACUUCGUUUUCUAAUCGUUGUUUUCCAACAAAAGUUAUUGGAAGAUGGAUGAAGAUGAAUAAACAACAGCGUGUUGAAUGGGUCGCAAAUUACUUCUUAUCGACGAACAUAUAUUUUGAUCCAAAGCCAGUGAAAGCAUACUCAUUUUUUGAUAAUAUUUUUUUGCCAGCUAGAGAUGGUGAAUUUCGAGAUCCAAUGUAUAUUGUUCUUGGACAGAAGACAACAGCAUAA